AUGCCCGCAAACACCCCUGCCACCUGUAGACAGGCUCGGUCGCCCACUGUCGACUCCCAAAGGCUCAAGAAGAGGGAGUCUGACCGCAAGGCCCAGCGCGUCUCGCGCGAGAGGACCAAGAGUCGCAUUGCAUAUCUCGAGGACCUUGUACAGAAGCUGAGUAGCGGAGAUGAUCACGAUAAAACCUUGUCCUUGAUGGCUCAGCUGUCCGAGGUGACGAAGCAGCGUGACUCCCUGGUUCGCUUUCUCGAUUCUACGUCUCUGUCCUUUACUAGGCAUCUCUCCGAAGCUAAAAAGUGGGAGAGUAGCACUGCAUCCCAAGAAAAACCUCAAGAAAAGCAACCAAGCGUGUCGGGUUCCGUCUCCAGGGAAUCUCCGGCAUUGCUACCGGACUUGCUGGAGACACCUCCGGCCGGCAAUGAGCUGAAUCUGUUUUCGCCCGAGUUCACCGGGAUCCUCCCGGGUGAUAUGGCAUUAGAAGGCGGUCAGGCCUGUAUGAAUCUUGGCUCUGCAACGUACAGUGCAUCGCAUAGCCACGCCGCCGAUGAGAAGACUUCGGCAGUGUCAUCGUCCUGCGAUUGCACUUCUUCGGAGACAAGGCGCCUUUCGGACGGAUCGGUAGUCAGCCGUAAUAUAUGGCAGGCGGGCAAUCAGGUCUUAGAAGGACCCCCUGGACACCUAUCAACCUCGAUGCUUAAUUUAGAGUACGAAGCUAGCGAAGAUGUCCCAGUGCGCGUUGUGCUUUAUGGCUGGGACCAUCUGGAGAAAUCGGGGAGGAUGACACCACUUUGGAGGAGAAUUCGGCACCUCGACGAAAUCUGCUUUUCUGCUUGUGGCCAGGUUGAGCGUCUUGCCGUGAUUCACAUGGUUCACCGCUACAUGCGCGCCUACGCUGACCCAACAUCGGCCAAUAUCAGUACCAUUAUACCACGAUGGUAUAUGAAAUCUACGUCAUCACAGGAUAUCUCUGGCCAUCCAGCUGUUGACUACUUUGCCUGGCCGUCUUUUCGGCAGCAAUUCUCGCGAUACCCGCAUCGAUACUGUAGUAACUUGUUCUGGCAUAUGUUUAAAGAGCAUCUUCGUAUCACUUGGCCAUACGAGUUCCGCGAUGUGUAUUCCCUCAACGUAGGGCUGGGCAGGUAUGGCCUUACAUCCUUGUUCAGGGAUACGAUCUCCAAUCUCGGUUGCUGGACCAUGCAUUCCGAUUUCUUUCAUCAUUUUCCUGCACUCAUACAUGACGUGCCCAAGUCUCCGCAAACCAGUUUGCCUGUCACAGUUCAUCCUUGGCCCCUACAGACCAACUCAUUGGGUUACCUUUCUCGAAUCCGAACUCCAUCACAUCACCACAGCAGGUUCACGGAGGGCACGAUCUCUGACCCUUCACAAGGUGGCGAGGAUGAUCAAGGAUGGAGCUACGAUUCUACUGUGGGGGAGUAUAACUGGGAUUUGGAUAACAUCUGAACUCAUAAUUACAAGAUGGUGUUCGACUCAUCCUCCAAAUCAACUGACCCGUGCUUCAAAAACCAUUUCCAACUUGGGGCAGAGAAGUGUGAACCCAUCUGCUAGCCCUUCUUGGAACGCCUCAACUGUUUGGUUGGGUGCAAGGCGGAUAUUAAACUUGGAAGCAAUUUGAGCUAGAACAUGCCGAACCUCAAGAAGCCCAAGCUGCUUCCCAGCACAGGAGUAACGGCCUUGGAAUAACGUUAGGCAAUCGAUCAUCCGGUUAGAUUGCUGUCGGACUUACCAAUUGAGAAAGGGGCAAAUGCUGAAGCAUCCCGGACAAGAUCGGGUUGUGUUGUCCACCGCUCGGGAAUGAAGUCGUUGGGGCGCACAAAGCAUCGUUCGUCUAGUCUGGUCAGCUGUGUCGUUAGGCAUUUUGGGGCACGGCUUACCCCGGUUCAGUGUAUAUGUAGGUGUCUGAAUAAUCGUGUUUCCUGGAAUAAAUGUUCCGUCGAUUUGCAGACCCUGCGGGGGUGUGAUUCUCUGCAGGCCUGAUGGAAUAGCUGGGUACAGCCG